AUGAGUGCUGAUAUCGCUACAAUCAUCGCAACGUUGGUGCCAAGUCAAGCAUCUGUUCCCUCCGAGAAAGCGUCUCAAGAUCCUGAAGCCGUUACUGUAAGCACCUACGAUCUAAACGAAGUACCGAUUCUAAAUUCGUCUAGUACCCAGAACCUAACGGCAAUAGUCCUCAGGAAUGAGACUGUGUGGGACAAUUUUCCUCAGUCAGGUUUCGCCAUCAAGCCCACUCGCACGCGGACGAAGAAAGGAAAAUGGCAAGACAGCUCAAACAAGAAACUUCGCAGGUCGUAUAAUGACUUGGUUGUACGGCUGUCUGACCGAUGGUACUAUAUCGGUGGAUAUUCUCAUAUUUCGACGGAGCUGUUAGAUAAAGAGUCUUUCAUGACGCUCCCAGCACAGGUCCGUGAGGCAGUCAUUCGUGCUUCUGGUCACCAGAAGUAUUGGGCAGAGCUUCAUAAAAUGUACGAAAGUGGGGAACUGACCGCAGUGAGGAUCAGAUUCAAGCGCGUUAAAUUUAAUAAGGAGCUUGGAAAGCUUCUCCUUGACACUGCGCAGAGCCAUGGGGACAACUUAGUUCUCAGAGUUGGCUUGUCCGACGCGGCUGUUGCGCAGAAUGAAGGAGCGCCGGAGGAAUCCGACGACGAUUCGGAUUAA